UGUCGUAAAUAAACAAAAACAUUCCCCUCUCUACUUACCUGACCCGGUAAAUCAGGUGUAAGGUUAUUAAAAAUAGAUAUAUGUUCCAUUUGUUUUUAUUUUGAAUUUUGAUCUAGAAUAUUGUUUUUGAAGGAAAACAUCUCUAAAAUAGCUCAGGCUAAUGCGUCAGCAGAUUCCAUGCAGACGUGCCCACUAAAAGAUAGUGCACGAAUGAUUGACAAAACGGACAGCUUUUAAAUAGAACAUAUUUUAAGUGGAAUUUAAUAACUUUUUAUUUUUACUUACUUUCGAAAUAAGAUAAUUUUUUUAUAAUACCGUGCUGAAAUUGUGCUUAGUAGUGCAAGCCGAGUCUCUCGACAUAUCAGUCGUCCGAAGACUCCUUGAUUGCUAAGAACGUGAAAAUCAAUGCCAACUUUUUUACGCACGCAAGAGUGUGACAAGCUUUUAGUGGCUUUCCGCAGCGCAGAGCUACUGGCGUCAAACGCUUUAAAAGCUACUUCCGAUAUUAAAUGCAGUGGGAGGUGCAAUAAACAGGCGAAUAGCAGUAUGAAGUCCAAUAUAAGAAAUGGCAAAGCCAUUAAACGUGGCGAUCGCCUGCUAACCGAAAAACCUUUUGUAUUUGUGCUGCAAUCCAGAUAUCGCAAAGAGCGUUGCGACAACUGCUUGCAAUCUUGCAAAAUGCUGAAAUGCGCCAACUGCCAAUAUGUGUAUUACUGUAGUCGUGACUGCCAAAUGCAAAGUUGGGUGCUGCAUAAAAUCGAAUGUCCAUUGCUGAAGCGCAUUUAUCCACGUAAUGUGCCUGAUGCCGCCCGCAUGCUUUGUAAGCUAAUCAUAAAAUUGGACAAAGGUGGCGAUCUAGUGCGUGGUUAUUACACAGAAACCUGCUCGCGACGCUUCCGUGAUAUGAUGUCCCGUAUGUUUCGAGUGUUUUGUUGUAUGCAAAAUAUUCCAAUAAAUACAUUAUUUUUCACUCACGAUACAGAUUAUGCCGAGAUUAAGAAUGAUGAACGACGUCUAGAGCAUUUGGAGUCUUUAUAUGGAGUGCUGCAAGAAAUGAUGGGUGACAGUGUUAUCGUGCCAAAUCUAACGGAAUUGACAAGUCUCUAUGGCAGGUUAAUCACAAAUGGCUUCAGCAUACUCGAUCCCGAAAUGAAUUCAAUUGCCACUGCAAUUUAUCUUGGUGUCUCAGUUACUGAUCAUAGUUGCAAACCAAAUGCGGUUGCCACCUUUGAAGGUACUACGCUGCAUAUACAUGCAAUCGAAGAUAUCGAAUGUUUGGAUUGGUCCAAGAUCUUUAUCAGCUAUAUAGAUUUAUUGAACACGCCGGCACAACGGCGGGCUGAACUGCAAGCAAAUUACUAUUUCUUCUGUAUAUGUGCAAAAUGCACAAAUACAGAAGAAACGCACGAAAUGCUUGCAGCCGCUUGCGCCAAUAAGAAUUGUAAUGAACUUUUGGAUAUAAAUCUCAAUAAUUGCCCGCGCUGUGACGCUGGCGUCAGCCCGAAACACCGCAAUGCCUACAACGAAGCAAUGACAAUCACAAAAACACACUUGGAGAAUAUGAAGGAUAUUGCCUAUCUGGAUGUGUGCAAAUUAUGCCUUGCUAAGCAAAAAGGGUUUCUGCAUCCACUAAAUGUUUGGCAUUUAAAGACAUUAGACGCGGCCUUUGAAGCCGCUAUUGAUGUUGCUAAGUGGGCAGAAGCUUUAGAGUUUGGCAUGGAGCUCGUGCCAGGCUUUCGCAAAUAUUAUGGCGAUUGGCAUCCACUAUUGGGUAUGCUUCAUUUGAAAAUUGGAAAAAUUCAAUUGUAUAAAAGUCAGCUAACAGCGGCAAUAAACAAUUUAAAGGAGGCGCAAAAAAUAUUACAAGUAACGCAUGGUCUUGAUCAUAGCCUGAUUCGUGAUCAAUUGCAACAUAUGCUAGCACAGGCCGUAACUGAAAGUGCAUAACUUGUUACUAUUUUUAUGUAAUUAUGUACUUCAUGUAAUUUAUUUCAAGUGUUUUGUAGCAAACGUAAAAUAAAGAAAUAUUUUACAGUA